UUCUUCUCGAGCUUCUAGAAUCCUUUUCCCAGCUCAUUGUCCCCAACGAUUGUUAUCUGGUAUCUGUGUAACCUUCGAAGCAUCUUUGAGGUCCCACAGCUUUGUCGAUCCUUACUAUUUAUACUUCCCCCGCAGAUCUGUCAGUGGACGGAGCCGAUUGAUUGCAUCAUCAUCGGAACUUCUGUAACAUCUGAUCCAUCUCUGAACCUCGCGGCCUCCUUCUUUCAUCACCUAGCUGCGCUCAGAUGGCAUUGCUACUCCUACGUCUCUGAUCACGUCAACAUCAUUAUUUUCACACUGGAACUGGCCAAAGUUUUAGCCGUGUCUCGCCAUGCGCCUCUCCCUUGUACUCAUAGCCGCCCUUCAGGCGACUGUGAGUAUCGCAUCCAGCUUGACCCCUCCGGUCCUGCCCCUGAUCGUGCGGAAUCCAUAUCUCAGCACCUGGCUGGGCAACGCUCGAGAUGAGCCUUGGUCCAAAUGGCCCAUUUUCUACACCGGGGAGGAGCUGGGCUUGUCCCUCAUGGCUCAGGUCCCUAGCACAGGCACCGUGUAUCCCUUGCUAGGCAAGCCUCAUGAAUCACUGUCGGGUGUUUUACAAAUUGAUUAUCCAACCUACCUUGGAGCCAAGUACGACGCGUCCACCACCAAUUUGACCUACCGUAUCAACUCUGCAAAUACCGCGGCCCAUCACCAGCUCGAUAUCACCGUAUCUUUCCUUUCUCCUAUCACCCCUACGUCGACUCUGCGGCAGUCGAUCCCCGCCUCCUAUGUGUCGGUUCAUGUGCAUGGCAAUGCAAGCAUAAAUGUCUAUAUGGAUAUCAACGGGCGCUGGGUGAGCGGAGACGCGGGUAGCCAGCUCACCUGGCAAUACGAUGGAUAUGGCUCCGAGGAGAGCAAGCCAACCUUGCGCAGGUGGCGUGUAAGAAGGGAGUCUGAGUUACUACUGUCGGAGAUUCGGGAUCGUGCGGAAUGGGGGACCCUACAUUUCACCGGACCUGCCGGCGUGCAAUAUCAAUCCGGAGAGGCAUCGGCCGUGAGAAGCCUCUUUUCCACUCAGGGUGUCCUGGACAACGUCAACGACGACGCUUUCCGCGCCAUUGGCGACCGUGAGCCGGUCUUUGCAUUCUCCAAAUCUUUCGUCUUCUCUCCCAAAGAUGGCCAUAAGAGUGACAGUGUGACCUUCACUCUUGCAUUGACCCAAGAUCCAGUCGUACAGUAUGCCUCAGCGCGCGGGUUAACCCUAAUGCGACCCCUCUGGGAGUCGUGGUUCCCCAGUGUCGAGGCAGUGCUUGGCUUCCACUACAAUGACUAUGCUCAUGCAAGUCUCCUGGCUGCAAACUACUCAGCUCAGCUCGCCCAGGAUGCCUAUCAGUCAGGAGCUCAUGAUUAUGUCGAUAUUGUAGCGCUCUCCGCGCGCCAGGUCAUGGGAGCAACCACCUUCGCGGGAACCCCCGACGAUCCCAUCCUGUUCUUGAAGGAGAUCUCCUCGAAUGGCAAUUUCCAGACCAUCGAUGUCAUCUUCCCCGCUUUCCCCUUCUUCUUGUACACCAACCCGCGGUGGCUGGCGUACUUGCUGGAGCCGUUGAUUGAGCACAUGCUGAGUGGACAAUAUCCAAACACGUACGCCAUGCAUGAUCUUGGGACGCAUUUCCCCAAUGCUACCGGUCACCCCGACGGAAAUGACGAAUACAUGCCGGUGGAGGAGUGCGGUAACAUCCUCAUCAUGGGCUUGGCGAUCGUCAACUCCCUUCGCUAUUCGGAGGAUACUGCUGCGACCUCGAUCUGGUCGACGCAGGGUGCGUCUCCCGAACUGCCCGAGGAGACCAAUGGCAAAUUUCCCCUGAUCGAUCUGCAGAUGUUUGGUGGGAUCGAUCACCAAGAUGGCAGAUGGGGCGGUGGCACGCAAGGCGAGCACUUGGCUGAGAGAUGGAUCCAACGCAGUUAUCGACUCUGGGACCAGUGGACAGGUUACUUGGUGGAGUUCUCCCUCGAGCCCGCCAACCAACUGUCCACGGACGACUUUGCCGGCUGGCUUGCUCUGCAGACCAACCUGGCCUUGAAGGGCAUCAUCGGCAUCAAUGCCAUGAGUAAACUGGCCGAGGUGGCUGGCUACCAUACCGACGUCACCUACUACAAGAACAUCUCGGAUACCUACAUCGCCAAGUGGGAGGAAUACGGCAUGUCCCGCGACCAGACGCACGCCAAACUCGCCUACGACUGGUACGGAUCCUGGACGACCAUCUACAACCUCUACGCCGACGCGCAGCUCUGCUUCCACCUGGACGGCACCGACCUCUCUCGUCACCCCUUCCCCGUCCACCACACCGGCCAAAAGCCUCUCACCACCAAGAGAAAGCCCGGCUUCGUCCCGCGCCACAUCUACCAGCGCCAGUCGAUCUGGUACCACAACGUGCGGCAGAAGUACGGCCUGCCGCUCGACAGCCGCCACCUGUACACCAAGACGGACUGGGAGUUCUUCGCCAUGGCGGUCGCCAGCGAGGAGGUGCGCAGCGAGAUCCUCGAGUCCGUCGCCCGCUGGGUCAACGAGACCGUCACCGACCUCCCCUUCACCGACCUGCACAACACCGAGGGCCGCGGCGAGUUCCCGGGCCCCAACUUCUACGCCCGGCCCGUCGUCGGCGGCCACUUCGCCUUCUUGGCCCUCCAGCGCGCCUGCGGCGGCCGCGCCAUGGACGGCCUUGCCUUCCUGGACGGCACCGACCCAGACGACUCGUUCUCAACCACCACGUUGGCCGAGUGGGAGGCGGCGGCGGCUGAAGCGGUCACGCAACUCGGGGAAGUAUUCGGUGACUCUAGCUCCGAGAACACGGAGCUGUAACCCCAGCAGUAGUGCUUGUGGUCGGGUAUCUCCCUAUAUAUACGUACGCAGCGCCGUGCUCGGCGAUUCAGAUUGGUAGCUAGCUAGCCAGCCAGCCAGCCACUUGGGUAGAAAGCUGGAACCGUAACCCUCUCUCUAGACAAUUGGAUUCACUGCC